AUGCAUGUGCCCACCACUCAGCAAACACGUCUACUCGUGGCAGCCGUGUGUAUCCUCGUCAUGGUCUUGGUACGACAGUUCGGAAAACAAACAGUCACUGGCGAGCCUGUAGCGCCCGCGCCCGGUGAGGCGUUCCGACAGCGCAUCGUGGCUGUGGGCGACCUCCAUGGCGACAUUCACAAUGCCAAAAAGGUGUUCCGCAUGGCCGGCCUCAUCGACAAGCGCGACGCUUGGGCGGCUGGAUCCGAUAUUUUCGUCCAGACCGGCGACAUUGUCGACCGAGGCGGUUACGCCAUUGACAUCUACAAGAUGAUGCAGCGCCUCCGUGGCGAGGCAGCGGCCGAGGGCGGCAAGGUCGUCUCCGUCAUGGGCAACCACGAGUUCAUGAACGCCUUGAGUGACUGGCGAUACGUGACUCCUCUGGACAUUAAGCAGUUUGGCGGAUCCCAGCAGCGUCGUGAGGCAAUGUCCAUCGACGGCUGGCUCGGACAGGAGUGGCUUGCCAACUACUCUGUCACUGCCCGCGUCCCAAUGUCACCGUUCCCCGACGCGCCCACUCUCAGCUUCACUCAUGGAUCUCUCCGCCCCUCGUUCUCCAACCUCACGCCAUACCCAGACGCCAUCAACAAACUUGGCCACGUGUUGCUCACACGGGCUAUGACACCACCGCUCGCCCCUCCUUACCCUCCUAACCCUUACCAGGGCCUCCCAGAGGGCACCACCAAGGACGAGCAGGAACUGUAUGGCGGUGGUGGACCACUCUGGGCUCGUGGACUAGCCGAAGGCCCCGAGGACACGGUGUGCAAGUGGGCCAAGGAGAUCAAGGAGAAGAUUGGUGUGAGACGUAUCAUUGGGGGCCACACUCCCAACUUUGAGCACAUUGUAUCCCGCUGCGAUGGCCAAGUUAUUAUUAUCGACACCGGAAUCUCGAGCGCGUACGGAGGUGUCUUGUCCGCCUUGGAGAUCAUCUAUACCUUGACCCCCGUUCCCGAUGAAGACGACGACAACAACGGACACCGGGAAGAUCCUCUCGCCCCCGACCAACAGGCCCAGUCGCCCAUGGAGGUCGAGCCGCUUCUCCGCCAAGGUGGAAAGUACAUUGAGCGCGAGGAGGUGUACGCCAUAUACGAGAAGCACAGGCAGCUGCUUGCACGUGAGGUCCAACAGAUCAUCCUCUAG